AUGCAAACUGAUUUAGACAAGUCUAUUGAGAAAUUAAAGAAUGGAGAGUUAUUGAAAGAGAAAGAUGUAAAAUAAUUGUGUGCUAAAAUAAGAGAAAUCUUUAUUGAAGAAGGAAAUGUUUAAAGAAUAGAUCCUCCAGUUAUUGUAGUAGGAGAUAUUCAUGGAUAAUUAUAUGAUUUAUUUGAGAUUUUCAAACAAUCAGGAGAAGUUGGAGACUAAAAUUAUCUGUUCUUAGGUGAUUAUGUUAAUAGAGGAUUUCACAGUAUAGAAUCGAUUUGUUUACUAUAUGCAUUAAAAAUUAAGAAUCCUGACAAAAUUACUUUAUUAAGAGGUAAUCAUGAAUCUAGAAUUCUUACUUAAACAUUUGGAUUAUAUGAUGAAGCAAUGAGGAAAUAUGGUUCCUUAAAUAUUUGGAGAUAUUUAACUGAAUCUUUUGAUUAUAUGCCAUUAUCUGCAUUAAUUGAUGAGAAAAUAUGGUGUGUACAUGGUGGUAUAGCUUAAGAUGCUAAAUUAUUAGAUGAUGUAUAAUAUUAUUGUUAUAAAAUAUAUUAGGUAAGAGCAUUAAAUAGAUUGUCAGAGAUACCUGAUAAUGGUGAGAUGUGUGAAUUACUUUGGAAUGAUCCAAAUGAAUAGGAAUUAAAAGGAUUUGGUGAAAGUAAAAGAGGAGUAGGUAAAGAAUUUGGUUAAGAUGUUUUUACAUAAUUCUUAUAAACAAAUAAUUUAAGUUGUGUACUUAGAGCACAUUAAGUAAUAAUGGAAGGAUAUCGUAGUAUAUACAAAGAUUAAUUAAAAACAAUAUUUUCUGCUCCUAAUUAUUGUUAUAGAUGUGGUAAUUCAGGAGCAGUAUGUGAAGUUAGUGAUAAGUUGGAAAUGAGAGCUAAAAUAUUUUAAGCAAGUGAGAAUUAAAUGAAGAAUGCAUAAACAAAGAUUUGGAAUUAGAAUCCAGAUUAUUUUUUAUGA